ACAACCAAAAGGAUUAGUAUAAAGUUUUUUUUUUUUUUUUUUUAAAUAAAAAAAAAUGAUAAUCAAAGGCCAUUGCCCGCAAGAAAGGUUAAGAAAUUUAUAAUAAAAUAUUAAUGGACUUUGUUCAAAGGCCCUCUGUGUAUUAGAGAAACCUCCAACUUGGUCCAGUUGAAGCCUGAAAAUAUAUUUGCAUGCCACGAAGUUUCAGAAUCCCAGUUCAUCAGAUUUAUCACUUGCUUUUGCUCAGUUGCUCUGGCGAUGAUUUCAAGAGAGAGGCUCAUGGAUUUUUCAGAAACUCAAGGUUUUGUGUGCAGUAAGUUCACAGAUUAUCCAUGGCCUUGAGAAAAUAGAAAGCUUUCUCCUUGAAUUGAUGGUUGUUGUUUUCGUUAGAGAUAAAUAGUGUCGCAACCUGUUUUGAAAGAAUUACAAAAUUUAGGCUUCAUAUUCAAGAUGGGUGUCUCUCUGUCCAUGUUUCUGGAAUGGGUGUCUCUCUGUCCAUGUUUCUGGAAGCAAGCUGCUCUGUUAAGAGGCUGAAUUGAUGGGCAUUGCCUUGUUUUUCCCUUUUCCUUCUAGACAAUUGAUGGGGAUUAAUGUUUCAGAGCAAUAAGAUGGUUUUUGAUCUCUAGGAGAAGUAACAUAGAUUGCAUACCUUCUUUUUGUUCAAUUGCCGUUGUUAUCUUGUUCAACUUGAAAAACUUGGUAAAUUUCAUCAAUGUCAGAAAAGAGUAGGCUUCCCUCAAAAUUUCUUUUCUACUUGAUAACAGUUUCUGUGUUCCUUUUAAUCCUUUCUUCUGUCUUCUUACUUCAAUUUAGCAAAACUUCUUUUACACCCAGUUCAGUGUUUAAGCUUAUUCUUGUUAAUGGCACAUCAGUGUACUUUGAGCCCCUUGUAAAAAGUAAGCAGAAACAACUUCCUUUCCUGUCCUCUGAGGUUUCCGGAGUUGAUGCUAUAAAAUCCUCAAAAAGAAGUGAAUUGGCCUGUCAAGUUUCCAAUUCAAGCAAGAAAUUGGGAUCUUUAAGAAAAAUGAAAACUAUGGCCUGUGAUUCAACUCAGGCACUCUUGAGGGUGUUCAUGUAUGAGUUGCCUCCUGAAUUUCACUUUGGGCUUUUGGGUUGGAAGGGAAAGGAGAAUCAAACAUGGCCAAAUGUCAGUAUCCCAAGUCGCAUCCCACCUUACCCAGGUGGCCUGAAUUUACAGCACAGUAUCGAAUACUGGCUCACCCUUGAUCUUCUGUCCUCAAAUAUCCCAACUGUGGUCAGACCUUGCACGGUAGUUAGGGUGCACAAUUCAAGCGAAGCAGAUGUUAUUUUUGUGCCAUUCUUCUCAUCUCUGAGUUACAACAGGCAUUCUAAGCUCCAUGGAAAGGAGAAAGUCAGUGUCAACAAGAUGUUGCAGAACAAAUUGGUGCAGUUUUUGAAAGGUCGGGAUGAAUGGAAAAGAAAGGGUGGGAAGGAUCAUUUGAUAGUUUCUCACCAUCCAAAUAGCAUGUUGGAUGCAAGAAGGAAAUUGGGCUCUGCCAUGUUUGUGCUUGCAGAUUUUGGAAGAUACCCAGCUGAAAUAGCAAAUCUUGAGAAGGAUGUAAUUGCUCCUUACAGACAUGUGGUGAUGACUGUUGACAGCAGCAAAUCAGCCUCAUUUGAGGAACGUCCUAUACUAUUAUAUUUCCGAGGAGCCAUAUACAGAAAAGAUGGAGGAGUAAUUCGCCAGGAAUUGUAUUAUAUUCUCAAAGAUGAGAAAGAUGUACACUUCACUUUUGGUAGUGUUCAAGGAAAUGGUAUUAACAAGGCAAGCCAAGGAAUGGCCUCAUCAAAAUUUUGCCUCAAUAUUGCUGGUGAUACCCCUUCCUCAAAUCGCCUAUUUGAUGCUAUUGCUAGUCAUUGUGUCCCUGUGAUUAUUAGUGAUGAGAUUGAGCUACCAUUUGAAGAGGUCUUAGACUACUCAGAGUUUUGCAUAUUUGUUCACGCGUCUGAUGCUGUUAAGAAGGGUUACCUACUGAAUCUUCUUCAAGGAAUCAAGCAAGACAAGUGGACCAAGAUGUGGGAAAGGUUGAAGGAAAUUGUACAUCAAUUCGAAUAUCAGUAUCCAUCCCAGCCUGGUGAUGCCGUUGAUAUGAUUUGGCAAGCAGUUUCUCAUAAAAUAUCCUCUAUACAAUUUAAAUUUCACAGAAAGAAGAGAUAUGACAGGUCAACUUCUGGUAUAAUAACGAAAUAACAAUCACCGUUUGAAAUGCGAGUCACUAAGAUCUCUUGACCUUGCACCCCAGGGGAAACAUGAAAGUUUUGCUGAAGGUGGCAUAUAAGAGACGGAGACUAGUUGAGAAGAUAUCUGUAAGGGAUUUUGUCUUUGACAAUAUAUAUCCGUACCCAUUGGUUAUGUUGAUCUACUUUGUAGAUAGAUAAUAAUUUUCAAUCAAAUUAUUUAUUUUUGAA